AUGGCGCCCCAAGAAGUGGAAGCAGACUGGAAUUUACAUGAUGAAUUCUUCAACUUUACCCGUGGGCGCUUCGUUCUGGAUGAAAAGGAGCAAAUGUCGAAGCGGCGCGUGUCAUUUGACAUGAACGAGCUGGCACGUAUCGCGGCUAGCUCAGUUGGUGCAAAACGCUGCAUCAACAUCGAAAAGUGCGCCGACGGCAUGUUCAACAAAGCCUACGUGUUCACCCUCGAUAAUGAGAGACAGGUCAUUGGCAAGGUCCCUAAUCCAAACGCCGGGAUACCUCACUACACCACGGCUAGCGAGGUUGCGACAAUCGACUUUAUGCGCAAUGUGCUGAAAACGCCCGCGCCAGAGGUGUAUGCGUGGAGCUCACGGCUGGACGGGAGAAACAAAGUCGGGGCCGAGUACAUGAUCAUGGAGAAGCUCGACGGCAUUCCGCUUGGAAAAGUCUGGCCAACCCUAGAUCCCGCGGAUCAGAUGAAGAUUUUCUUACAGGUCUUCGAUUACCAGAGGGUGUGGACCGCGACAAAAUUUGCUAGCUUUGGGAGCCUUUAUUAUACCAACGAUCUGGAUGAGUUGCUUCGAAAGCCUCUCUUUGCUGAGCGUGACGGUCAAACCGUCAAGUUCGACCGGUUUGCUAUCGGCCCCGCAACAGGCCGUGAGUGGUCGGAUGAUGGUCGGGAUGUCUUGAAGUGUGACAGAGGGCCAUGGAAAUCUGUCUAUGACUAUCGAAGAGCAAUCGGACUCCGUGAAAAGUUUGCUAUUGAGUGCAGCCCACGCACUCCAAAACAAUUGGCAAUGCUAUAUGGCCCAGGGCUAUAUCAGCCUACACGUAUGAAGAGGCUAAGGGCUACCCAGUCCUACCUGGAACUUCUGGAAAUCCUUCUCCCUGACGACCCAUCAUUAGCAAAUGGACAUCUCUGGCAUGAUGACCUUCAUAGCGAGAAUAUCUUCGUGAAUCGGGAGAAACCUACUGAAGUGGUGGGUAUUAUUGACUGGCAGUCGACUCAAAUAUCUCCGCUUUUUGAUCACUGCAUGGAUCCUUCCUUCUUGGACUAUAACGGUGCUCCAAUUGGCGACAGCCUAAAGCGCCCAGAACUCCCCAAAGACUACAAUUCGCUGCCGGAAUGCGAUAAAAAGGAAGUAAUCAAACACUAUUAUGAUAAAUCAGUGAUGGUGGCCUGGCGUAUGCUCGUGAAGCAGAAGAACCCCAGUCAGUAUACUGCAGCAAUGUUCGAAAACACAACUAAAGGAUAUCUGCUGCUUCUUUCCCGUCGCCUCUAUGAGCUUGGUGAGCCCCAAUUCCAUGCUCUAUCGUUAGACUUGUGGAGAGAAUGGCUUGAAUCUCAUCCCGAUAAUAGAGAAAAGGUAGCCAAAUUCCCCCUUGCCUUCUCAGAUGAAACCAUAUCUGAGAUUGAUGCCGACAGGGAAGCAGCCCAGCUAAGCGCUGAAGCUAUGAAGAGCAUACAGCAACGCUUGGGGGAACUUUGGCCAGAGAAAUCUCUGAUAGAGCAUGGAAACUACGAAGAAUUCAAAGCGAGUCUUCUUCAGAUUAAAGAGGAGCUGGCAGCGGAGUUAGCCCUUACUCCAGAAGAGAGGGAUAUCUUCCACAAGUUUUGGCCAUUUGAUGAUUGA